UCGUUAAGCGACGACGGCUCUCCUCAAAGUGGAGGCAGCGGCUGCCAGGUCACAACAUGGGUUAAAACUCGACCUGAUGGUCCAUACGUUUUCGUCGUGACUUUCUGCACCUGCCAAUGACUUCAUCUACGAGCAAUCUGGGCCACGCCCAUUCGCGUACCUCCACCACUCCGGAGUCUGUCACUGAAACUCUGCAAGUUCCAGAGAGCCCCAAUGAAAAGCAAGCUGGUGCUGAGGUACCAAAGGGUAUCCAAGCUGUCAAGAAAGGUCGAGACUUCUGGCUCAGUUUCUUGGCCAUGAUUGUCUCGAUCUUCUUGAGUGCCCUGGACUUGACUUCGGUCGGUACAGCACUUCCGACAAUCGCUGACGCGCUAAACGAUACAGAGGGGAAUUACGUCUGGGUUGGAUCUGCGUAUGCACUGUCGAGUACCGCAAUCAUGCCUUUGAGUGGCAGUCUAUCAGAUGCCUUUGGAAGAAAGCCAGUAAUGCUGGUCUCAAUUGCUCUCUUCGCACUCGGGAGCGCUUUGGCCGGUGCUGCCCAAGACAUGAACAUGAUGAUUGGUGCGCGAACGGUCCAGGGUUUGGGUGGAGGUGGAAUCAUCAAUCUCGUCGAGAUCUUGAUUUCCGACUUGGUCGCUCUCUCGGAGCGUGGCACGUAUCAGGGUAUGAUUGGCCUGACUUGGUCAUUUGCUUCGGCUAUUGCGCCUCCCAUUGGUGGCGCCCUGUCUGAUAGAGGAAGAAAAGCCUGGCGAUGGCUCUUCUACCUCAACUUGCCUCUUACUGGUAUGGCGUUCAUCCUUGUCCUCUUCUUCUUGAACGUACGUACCCCUCCUGGUACCGUCAAGGAGAAACUCAACAAGGUUGACUGGUUUGGAAAUCUUAUCGUGAUCUGCGGUACCACUCUAGCCAUCAUUGGCUUGACCUGGGGAGGUAUCCGUUACGAAUGGACCAACAAGCAUGUGUUGGCCCCUCUCAUCAUUGGUUUCGCCCUGCUUGUGGCCUUUGGUUGGUAUGAAGUCAAGGUCCCAGUGAGACCGACAGUCCCAUCGGACCUACUUACGAACCGUACUACUUUGAGCGCUAUUCUCAUGACGGCUAUGCAUGGUAUCACGAGUAUCUCCAUUCUCUACUACUUGCCGGUCUUCUUCCAAUCUGCUUUCGGAGCGUCCCCAAUCCGCUCAGCAGUUGAUUUCCUUCCCAGCGCCCUCAUCAUUGCACCAUUUGCUCUUUCCUCUGGCUUUAUCGUUGCCAUCACGGGAAAGUACCGUCCCGUCAACUGGGUCGGAUGGGCCCUCACCAUGAUUGGUUUCGGCUGUUUCAGUCUACUCAAGGCAGACACCUCUACCGGCAAGUGGGUUGGAUAUCAGCUCAUCGUGAGUGCUGGCAGCGGCUUGGUGUUCUCUGCGCCUGUAUUUCCACUCCUGGCACCCCAGCCCAUCAGUCGGACUGCUGCCGCUCUGGCGUUGUUCGCAUUCACUCGUGCGUUCACCCAAACAUGGGGCAUUACUAUCGGAAGUACUAUUCUCCAGAACAAACUGAAAAUGAACCUCCCAGCAUCCUACCUCGCCACUUUCCCCGCGGGACAUGAGAUCGCCUAUGCCGCUAUUCCAGGAAUACCAAAACUGGCCGAACCCCUGCGUACCGAAGUCAUGGUCGCGUUUGCGGAAAGUAUGAAAGUGGUGUGGCAGACGAUGGUGGGUAUUUCGGGUGCGGGAUUCUUGUUCAGUUUGUUGAUGCAGGAGGUGGAGAUGGUGGGUGUUGUUGAUGAGACGUUUGCACUACAGGCGCGGCCGGAGAAGGAGACGCAGAAUAAUCCUAGGGAUGCAGAGAAGGCUGUACCUCCCGUUGAAUCGUAGUAUGCUAUACUAUCCAUGAAGUACUAAAUAGAACGAGUUACGAC